UGAUGGCGUGCGUGCGGGCGCAUGCGCAGUCCGCUGCGUGAGCGAAGCGGGGAGUCGGGUUCAAAGGAGGAAAUAUGGCGGAAAACAAAGGAGGAGGAGGAGGCGGCAGCGGGGGCGGGGAGGGGGCCGCGGAGGCCGGGGCGGCGGGGGGAGGCCCCGAGCUCGCCUCGGCCCCCGUCCCCGCCGCCGCCGCCCCGGCGCUCGCGGCCUCCUCCGCUGCCCUGGCCUCCCCGUCCCCGCCGGCCCCCGCCCCCGCCCCGCCUGAGGAGAGGGAGAGCCCCGCUGCGGCGGAGAAGGCGGAGAAGGAGAAGGCCCCAGGGGAGGCGGAGGCCGCGGUGGCAGGGAGCGGAGGCCCGGCCUCGGGCUCCCUUCCGACGCCAGCGCUGGGUCCUGGUCCUGGUCCUGGUCCCUCCGCCGCCCCCUCGGCUUCGGGCCCGCUCUCGCUGCUGGACACCUGCGCCAUGUGCACGCAGAGCCUGCAGAGCCGGGAGGCCGAGCCCAAGCUGCUGCCCUGCCUGCACUCCUUCUGCCGGCGCUGCCUGCCCGAGCCCGAGCGACAGCUCAACGUGCCCGUCCCCGGCGGCGCCAACGGGGACAUCCAGCAGGUUGGUGUGAUCAGGUGUCCAAUCUGCCGCCAGGAAUGCAGGCAAAUAGAUUUGGUAGAUAACUACUUUGUCAAAGACACAUCUGAAGUACCCAGCAGCUCUGAUGAGAAAUCUGAACAGGUGUGUACCAGCUGUGAAGAUAAUUCUAGUGCUGUGGGCUUCUGUGUGGAAUGUGGUGAAUGGCUGUGCAAAACAUGCAUAGAAGCUCAUCAACGAGUAAAAUUUACUAAGGAUCAUAUGAUCAGAAAGAAGGAAGAUGUCUCUUCAGAGGCAGUUGGAGCAUCUGGUCAACGUCCUGUCUUCUGUCCUGUACACAAACAAGAACAGUUAAAACUUUUCUGUGAAACCUGCGACAGACUGACAUGCAGAGACUGUCAGUUACUGGAACACAAGGAACAUAGGUAUCAGUUUUUGGAAGAAGCAUUUCAGAAUCAAAAGGGUGCUAUAGAGAAUCUCUUAGCUAAACUUCUUGAAAAGAAGAAUUAUGUUAAUUUUGCAGCUACUCAAGUACAAAAUAGGAUAAAAGAAGUAAAUGAUACAAACAAAAGAGUAGAACAGGAAAUCAAAGUGGCUAUUUUUACCCUCAUUAAUGAAAUCAAUAAAAAGGGAAAAUCUCUUUUGCAGCAACUUGAGGCUGUGACGAAGGAGAGGCAGAUGAAGCUAAUACAACAGCAGAAUGAUAUCAGUGGUCUCUCAAGGCAGGUGAAACAUGUGAUGAACUUCACAAAUUGGGCCAUUGCAAGUGGUAGCAGCACUGCCUUGCUUUAUAGCAAGCGUUUGAUCACGUUCCAGCUGCGACAUAUUUUAAAAGCACGAUGUGAUCCUGUCCCAGCUGCUAAUGGAGCAGUACGCUUCCAUUGUGAUCCCACAUUCUGGGCAAAGAAUGUAGUCAACUUAGGUAACCUUGUUAUUGAAAAUAAGCCAACCCAAGGCUACACUCCUAAUGUAGUAGUGGGACAAGUUCCCCCAGGAACAAACCAUAUCAACAAACCUCCAGGGCAAAUUAAUCUUGCACAGCUUCGGCUCCAGCAUAUGCAACAGCAGGUGUUCGCACAACAAAAGCAUCAGCAGUUACAGCAGAUGAGGAUGGGGCAGCCUGCAGGCCCGAUUGCUCGCCAGGCAGGUCCACAGAUGCUGCAACAACAGCCUCCAAGAUUGAUAAGUAUGCAGACCAUGCAAAGAGGUAUGAAUUGCGGUGCUUUCCAAGCCCACCAGAUGAGAAUGGCACAGAACGCAGCUCGUCUCCCAGGAAUCCCACGUCACAACGGGCCUCAGUACUCCAUGAUGCAGCCGCACUUACAGAGACAAGUAUACGCUCAUUCAAACCCAGGUCAUGCUGGUCCCUUCCCAGUUGUUUCAGUGCACAAUAAUACUAUCAAUCCAACAAGCCCUACAACAGCCACCAUGGCCAAUGCGAACCGUGGUCCAACAAGCCCAUCUGUAGCAGCAAUAGAGCUUAUUCCCUCUGUAACCAACCCAGAGAAUCUACCUUCAUUACCAGAUAUUCCUCCCAUACAGCUGGAAGAUGCUGGUUCCAGUACCUUAGAUAAUUUACUAAGCAGAUAUAUUGCCGGCAGCCAUUUACCACCACAACCAUUAAGCAAUAUGAAUCCUUCCCCUGGGCCCUCAGCACUGUCUCCAGGCUCAUCAGGUUUAUCCAAUUCCCAUACUCCUGUGAGACCACCUAGUACCUCCAGCACAGGCAGUAGAGGCAGUUGUGGCUCCUCUGGCAGAACUGUUGAGAAGAGCAAUAUUAGUUUCAAGCCUGACCAUGUAAAAGUUAAGCAAGAGCCUGGCACAGAAGAAGAGGUGUGCAGUUUCUCAGGACCAGUAAAGCAAGAGAAAACAGAGGAUGGCAGGAGAAGUGCCUGCAUGCUUAGCAGUCCUGAGAGUAGCUUGACACCACCACUAUCUGCAAACUUGCAUUUGGAAACAGAGUUGGAACCACUGGGAAGUAUAGAAAACCAUGUAAAAACUGAACCAGCAGACCUGAGUGAAAGCUGCAAACAAUCUGGACAUGGUCUUGUAAACGGAAAGUCUCCAGUGCGUAGCCUCAUGCACCGAUCAGCUAGGACUGGAGGAGAAGGCAACAACAAAGACGAGGAUCCGAAUGAGGAUUGGUGCGCUGUGUGCCAAAAUGGAGGAGACCUGCUCUGUUGUGAAAAGUGCCCAAAGGUUUUCCACCUCACGUGUCAUGUACCCACUCUCCUCAGCUUUCCGAGUGGAGAAUGGAUAUGUACAUUUUGCCGAGAUCUUAGCAAACCUGAAGUAGAAUAUGAUUGUGAUAACUUGCAGCAUAGUAAGAAGGGGAAAACUGCGCAAGGUUUGAGUCCUGUGGACCAAAGGAAAUGUGAGCGCCUCCUGCUUUACCUGUAUUGCCAUGAACUGAGCAUUGAAUUCCAAGAGCCGGUCCCAGCUUCGAUACCAAACUACUAUAAAAUAAUAAAGAAACCAAUGGAUUUAUCUACAGUAAAGAAAAAGCUACAGAAGAAGCAUUCCCAACACUACCAGACGCCUGAUGAUUUUGUGGCAGAUGUACGGUUGAUCUUCAAAAACUGUGAAAGGUUCAAUGAAAUGAUGAAAGUUGUUCAAGUUUAUGCAGAAACACAAGAGAUUAAUUUGAAGGCCGAUUCAGAAGUAGCGCAGGCAGGGAAGGCAGUUGCAUUAUACUUUGAAGAUAAACUUACAGAGAUCUACCCAGACAGGACCUUCCAGCCUUUACCUGAAUUUGAGCAAGAAGAGGACGAUGCUGAAGUAACGGAUGAUUCAGAUGAAGAUUUUAUACAGCCACGUAGAAAACGUCUAAAAUCAGAUGAGAGACCAGUGCAUAUAAAGUAACCUGAUUGAAAUGGACCUAAACUAUUGUAAAAAGAAACAUAUUUAAGUGUUCCUGGAAUAUUAUCAUGCCUUCAGUGGCCAUCAUAUUGAAGCUGAUAGUGUUCAGACAGUAUUAGAUUACAAAAAGCAUUUGUACAGAAACAUUCUCGUCAAAAGGGGGAAAAGCUUUCAACUUCUGUUCUUGAUUUUGUGUUUUAGUUUUUUAGUGUUUGGUUUUUCAUUUUUCACUCCCUCAUUUCUCAUGUACAGAAGUGUAGGGGUGAACGUUGAUAAAGAAGCAAGUUUUUAUAAAUUGAAAUUUGUACAAUUGAACUCUUAUCACUACUUAGUACUCAUUUCUGCAAGAGUGGACCAAGGCAGUGAUGUUUCACUUUCAUACUGGGCUGCAGUUUACACUGCAAGAAACCUUCCUCAAGAUCCUCUUCAUGCAACACUAAGUGUGAAUUGGGUUGUUUUUAUUCGGUGUCUCAUUUAACUGGUAUUGCAAGUAUCAUAUUCCGUGUUGGGUCAAGUAGCUAGGUUUUGCUUUCUUUUAAUGACCUUGUAUAGAAGUACCGUAACUUGAUCAUUAAAUAAUUUUGAAUUGGAGAAUGCAGGAGUGCGAGUUCUUCAUAUGUCCCUCAUUAAGUCUGGUUGCAAUCAAUGCUUUUCUGUAGGAUUCAUGCUGUUGAGUGGAAGUCCUGAGCACAGCACACUUAAGUGAGUAUCCUCUUGGAAUUUAUUAAUCCUAUUUUUCUUCCCCUCAGAGGCAGGAUGUUGGCUGGAAAAUUGAAUAUAGAUUUCAGGAACUUCGGUAUUAGACUGUGGAGUUAAAAAUUGGUAACUGGCUGUCCAGUCUUCCCUAAUAAUAGUUUCUGAUAUACCACUUUCAGCAAAUUUUUGUCAACUACCAAAUGUGUAAAAUUUCCUAUAUUCACUCUGUCUUACUUGUAAAUAAUGGUACUGUAAAUUCUUCAGACAGCAACAUUUGCUGGGCUGUUUUUAAGCUAAUAUUGUUCUUACUAAUGUUCCUAAUGAAGAACAGGUUUGUAAUAUGCUCUGUUUCUAAAACUGUUCAUAGUUUGAAGUUCUGUAUUAUUUUGUUAGAGCUACUCAGAGUUUUCUUCAGAAGCAGCUUAAAUAUCUAAGAGAGAGUUUUAAAAAAGUACUUGUCCAUAGUGUAAAAUUUAGAAAAUUUACAUGGAUCAGUAUACCAGACUUCUGGGCAGAUAAUGAUUACAGGAAGGCCCAUUAUGAUAAUCUGCAUGUAAGCAAGUUAUUCAGUUCUGCUUUGAUGGCAACAUUGAGAACAGAAAUACCUUUGCAAUACUAUAAUUUAAGAAGUAAUAUUUCUUACAUUCAGUUGCGCCACUUUCAAGCCAUUCUCCAGAGUACUUUUAUUAUGCCAAUGUCAAAGAAUGCAAACCAUACUGAGGUGUCCAAAAUCAAAUUUUGCAGUGAUAGGAUCCUGAUUUGUCAUGGUUCAGAGUGUUUAAGAACAUAUAAUUGAUCUAUAUAGUAGGGAUGAAUAGCUUCUUUGCACAGUGUAUUUUCUCAGAGAUGUUCUAGAGAGUUCCAGCACAAACACUUGUCUUCAUUUUCUCAGCACACAGGCAAAAAGUAGAGACAGGCUAUAGCUGGUUCCAUGAUGUGAAAGUGAUUUACUUUCUGAGAUUAUUAUUGUCUUUAAAGUGGAAGGGUCCAGUAGAAUUUGACAAUUUCUAAAUUGUCAAUACCUUAAUAUAACAGACCGUUGCCCAAAUGGUCAGAAAUUAUUUUUGUCAUGAAAAAUCAAGACAGUAGCAGUGGGACAAAAAUCUAAGGUUAAUUUCUAGCCUUUUCAUGCUCAGAAGGAAGAACUGAAAUGAGAUUGUAUUAUUUAUAUAAAAAUACACGGGCUCAAACUCAGUCUCUCUCAUGCACUCAAGGUUUGAAGUAGUGGACUUGGGAAGUAUUUGUGUGCUUAUCCUUAUCAUAGCCCCAUUUGAUUAAUAUCCUGUGUGUGUAGUUGAGAGGAUGGCAUGCCUGAACUGAAAAUUAAUGUGCCAACUUUCUAGCACAUGGAUUUAUAACUGACAUUUUGGGAAAACCAGGCAUUGCCAGCAAGGAAGUGCAAGACAAAAGGCAUAGUAAAUUUUGGGUGAUAGUUUAGUGUGCAAUGGGAUAUGCUCCAUGAGUCUUGAAAUGUAUAGUUUCCUUACUACAUAGAAAUUCUGCUUUCUGUACUAUGAAGAACAUUUUACAAUUAUAUUACUUGAAAGUUAUAUUUAUAACUGACUUUUUGGGAAAACUGCAAAUUGUCAGUAGGGAAGUAUAAGACAAAAGGCAUAGUAAAUGUUGAGUGAUAGUUUAGUGUGAUUAGACACAUAUUUCCUAUACUCAAUUUACAAUGGGAUAUGCUCCAUGAGUCUUGAAAUGUAUUGUCUCUUUACAACACAGAAAUUCUGCAUUCUGUAUUAUGAAGAACGUUUCACAACUAUAUUACCUGAAAGCUGCAGUGUUGUCAACAUAGUUUUGUACAUUAUCCUAUCAGGUACUAGCUAAUUCUGUGUUUCCAUGCUGCCCAUAUAGGUAGAUCUGCUUUUCUGAGCCAUUUAACCAAAUUCUAUACAGGGCCCCUCCUUUGAAAGUGACUGUGGUCAUUUGACCAUAUAUUUAUUUUUGCAGCCCUGCAGGGUUCAGUAUAAAUGAAGAGAGAAUUAUAGUGUUUCCAAAAUGUAAGAAAGCCAUUGAUUUUUUUUCAAUUAAAAAAUAACAAUAACAGCCUUUUUCUAGCACACAUUGGGGCUUUGGAGGGUGUUGCUUUUCCCGUUUGAUUAUUCAUAAUCUGGAAUAUAUCAGAAAUUCUACAAAUUGCCAGUUUCUGUUCUAGCACUAUAUCACAACAAGAUAAUACAUGCUUUGUAAACCCUUUUUAUGUUGGUUAAAAUUUCCCUAUGACAUCCAGAUUUGUUCACCUGAAGUAACUUCUCUGCAACCUGUGCAGUAUCGUGGGCCUCUCUAUUUGGCAGUUGAUGUAUGUCUGUGCAAUAAUUGAGCUAUACUGAGAUUGAGAGCAUACUUUAUAUUAGAGACAAAGUGUGUAGUUGAUAGUGGAGCUUUCCUUGCAUGUGAUAUGGAUUUAUCUGUGCUGCAUAAAUUACCGUGUAACUUAUGUGUAAUGUGAUCCCAAGAUUCUCUGUCACUUAAUUUAACUCUUAAACUCUGAUUUUUAAAUGAUCUUGUAAAGAAAAAAUAUUUCAAAUGUUUCUUGGUUGUAUAUGUUCCUAAAGUUUAAGUUAAUCCAAAGAGAAAAAAAGGCAAUUUGCUUUGAAACAGGAAGGACGACAAGUGUACAGCGUGCUGACUGUGGACUUUUCAAUUACCUCAGCAGGUCCCCUGCCUUGUAAUUACUAGUGAUUAGUGUUAGUUUAACCAGCUAAGUAUGUUCAGGUCUUACUUAACCGUGCCCUGGAAUUAAGUGUCCUAUCAUAUACUAUUAAGGCUUAAUUACUAUCCAAAAAAAGGUGUCCCCCCAGCUUUUAAAGUUAGAAAUGCUGUUAAAUGUAGUUAGCCUUUUUUCAUGUGAAAAGAUUCCCAUUAAUACUUUUUGAUGUGGCAAUGACUGUCAGUUUUCUCAGCGCUGGAUAGAUGAAUGGAAUGUUUUAUAAACAUUCCUGCAAGCCACGUUAACCCAGAAAUAUUUUUUAACAAAUCACCCCAAUUUGCCAUUUAGCAGUAUAAGUUUUUUUAGCCAGUUCUAUUUAAGUCUAGGUAAUGGCAACAGUGUGUUGAGUUUGAAUAUGUAAAGUACUGGAUGUUGGCUUCUUUUCCCCUUUUUCCUCCUCUCUCUAGGAAAAAGCAAUAAAACUGCUUUGUCUGUUGCCUCUUUAGCAUGGCAGGAAUCCUAUUCUUUUAGGUAGUGGUUUUAUAGGAAAGUUUUUGUAUGUGUAUCACCAAGUCUAGCUUUUAAAAACAAAAUAAAAAUGUGCAGUUAUAGUGUGGCAUUUUAUUUUAAAAAUUGGGGAAAGUUAACAUAUUUUUUUAAAAAGUAGGUGUUUGAGUAAAUAAUGGAGGUACUUUUUUAAAAUCUUUAUAUGCCACAAUUUACAUGGACAUAUUUCAGACUAAUGCACAAGAUUUGUGAUGUUAAAUAAUGGCUACCAUUAUUUCCUUUUCAAACUUGCAGGUGCAGUAAGCUUCAUCCAUUGUAGCUUUUUGUGUUCUUUUGCCUGCUUCUUCCUCUCCUUCUGAAGGAUAUCUGAAUCAAAAUAGUUUUGAAACAUUCAUAAUUUAGAAGCUGCUUUACAGUAACAAAAUGCAGUUGUUUUAUCUGAGUGCAUUUUAAAGUUGAGAAGCUCUUGCUGUCUUUUAAAAAUUAUUUGUGUACAAAGAAAUACAAAGAAUUUUAUAGAAAUCUCACCUAUUUCAACAUUCCCCUCAGUGUGAAAUGAAAAUUUCAAAUGGAAGAUGGUGCAUGUUAAAGGCCUGCAAAUGUGAGCAUUUCUUCGGUUCAAAAUGCCAUUAAAUAUGUAUAUAACAGGUCUAUAAAGAUUUGUGCAAUCAAACACCUGUUCUAAUUUUGUAUGUAAACAUAGAAAUCAAAGGGUUCAGUUCCCAACAUUCAUUCUUUCUGGUAAUGAAAACUGGUACUUUUGCACAUAGUUAACUUUACGGAUUCUUCAGAAAUGUGCUGUUUCUGUGGUAUUGUAUUCUCUGAAUUAUAUUUAAUUUUUUUAACAAGUUAACGUUUCUAACUGUUCAGUUCUUGUGUUUUCUGGCUGGUGUGUAAUAAAGGCAUUUUUCCUUUACAUUAUUAUUUAAUACAUUUAGCAGCCUGUAAAUAUUUCUUGUUAAAUGCUCUGGAAUGUGGUGUAGCAGUUGUAUGAGAACAGUUUUAAACAGCAUUGUUUUGAAAAUCACUUUGUUUUGGUUAUUUCUAUUAAAUUAGAAAAAAGAAGA